AUGCCCGGUUUUAUUGCACCUUAUCGUAGCGUGCGCUACCAUCUUAAAGAGCAAGAUGGUAGGGAACCAUUGAACCAUCGCGAGCUUUUUAAUCUUCGUCACUCAUCACUUCGAUCAAAGAUAGAGAGCGCAUUUGGAAUUCUGAAAAAUCGUUUCAAAAUUCUAACAUGUAGACCUGAUUUUCCAUUUCAAACACAGGUCAAGAUUGUUAUUGCAUGUUGCAUUCUACAUAAUUAUAUAAUGAUAGUUGAUCCAGAUGAUCGUUACAUAACAGAAGAUGUAGUUUUUGAUGAAAGCGAGAGUGAAUUUGUUAGUGAAGAAUCUGAGGUUAGCAUGCUCAAUUUAAGCAAAAGGGAACAGAAAGAAGCACAAGCUACUUGGUUAAAGAAAAGAGAUGAAAUAGCAAAGUCUAUGUGGAUAGAAUAUUGUGCUCGAUAUAAGGAAGGUAAUGAGGUGGAAAUAGGAUUAGGUGAUUAG